AGACGGGAAAGAUGCACUCAACAUUGGCUGGGCCAGCUCCGGACUGCUGCUCCAGAGGACCCCUGCUCUUCUGCAGCUGCCCACUCCUCACGGACCCUCAGACCCUCAUCACUCAGCCAGCUGAUCCAGAACCGCAGGCACUUGUAUGAUUUCCUGCUCCUGAAGAUGGCCGCCUUUCAGCACUGGGUAUUGGGACUGGCCCAGGAGGCCAGGGGCUCCGGCAGUGACCAGGUCCACCUGCUUCCAGGAACCACCGUAACCUGCUGUCUUGGCUUAGCCCUUCGAGCUGGACUGGCAUUGCUCUGGGUCCCCAUGUGGCUGGUCCUCUGUGGACCCAGGCUGGUGUACGGGGUUGGGCUGUGCUGUACCUGCACCGUGAGACUGGCCCUGCAGCAGCUCGGCGCCUGGGAAGCUCUGGGGGGACCUGCAUCCAGGGUCAGGGACCUGCUUCUAUCCUGUCUGCACAGCCUGAUGCUGGUGGCCUUGCUCCUGCUGCUGCUGACCUGGAGGCUGGUGCAGAAAGCCCAUCGCUUCAGUCUGGGCUGGCUGCCCAGCCAGAAUUCGGUGUUGCUCGGAGCCCUGGCACUGCUGAGGCACCUCUACUUGUGGGCGGAGCACGUGACCACACUCACGUCCUGGAACCUGGUCUAUCUUGUCACUUGGACUACCUGCCUUGCUUCCCACCUGCUUCAGGCUGCCUUUGAACACACAGCCCAACUGGCCCAGGCCCAGGAGGCCAAAGCCCAGGAGACCUCAGGGCCCCCACCUCAAUUCUUAAUUCCAGAAUCCUCCACCACUGAGCCUGGGCCCUUUCCAACCCAGCCUGCAACCCCUGGAGAAUAA